UUUAUAGAAAAAUUAGAAAACAACUGUGCUCGGAAGUCUGCACGUGUUUGUUGCAGUGAAGCUUUUGACGCAUUUUUAUGUUUAAUUUUGUUGAAAUAUUGUUAGUUGUAGAUUUAAAUCUCAGCAACUAGCAUCCAGAUUGAUAUUAAACUCGUCUCUCGAUCGAAACCUGCAAAAUGUCGACCGGCAGUCGAAUUUUCGCUCAAAACCGAGCCUUGGGCUUCGUGAGCAAUCAUAUUCCACUCGAGAUUCGCUACAUCGAACGGCGAAAGGAAAAUUUGGUUUUAACUUGUGUCGGUCGCCACUUUCACACUUAUGGAUCGUUCCACUUCACCCUGAUCAAUACAAGUGGAGAACACCCUGAAGAAAUAACAGCGAUGGCUGCAGACAAAUAUUACGUCUACACCGCUGCAGGAAACAAGGUCAUGGCUUGGAGAGGCGGGACGCAUGUCAAACACAAUUACGUCGGACACGACUUACCUGUCCAUCUUUUGCUGCCCAUCGGCAGUCAUCUAGUGUCGGUGGACGAAGGAAACUGUUUGAAAGUCUGGCACAUUGAUGCAGCCGAGAUCUACACAGAAAUCCAAUUUGAAUUGUCAUUUGAAGUCACAGCAUUGAUGCACCCUGCAACGUACACUAAUAAAAUUCUCCUAGGUAGUCAACAGGGUCAAAUGCAGCUUUGGAAUUUGCACACUCGAAAGUUGAUCUACACUUUUUCUGGUUGGGGCUCUGGCGUUUCCGUCAUUGAGCAGGCACCAGCACUUGAUGUAGUUGCAGUUGGACUGUUCGAUGGCAGAAUUUUGGUCCAUAACCUUAAAUACGACGAAACAAUCAUCGAUUUUUCACAAGAUUGGGGACAGGUGACGUCAAUUACCUUCAGGACUGAUGGACCUCCAUUGAUGUACACGGGAACAAACGCAGGACACAUCAUAACUUGGGACUUGGAGAAAAAGGAGCACAUCGAUCAAAUCUGGAAUGCCCACUAUGGACCUGUAACUGGCCUCAAAUGUCUUCCGUCAGAACCUUUGAUGGUUUCAUCUUCCCCUGAUAAUUCACUGAAAAUGUGGAUUUUUGACAUGGCUGACGGAGGUGCCAGACUUUUGAAAAUAAGGGAAGGCCAUUCCCUGCCUCCGACAUUUAUUAAAUUCCACAGACAAGACCAAAUUUUUACCACCGGCGCUGAUUCAACUUUGAAAGUAUUCAGCACUGUCACUGAAACAAAGAAUCACAGCUACGGUCGCGCCGUCUACAACAAGAAAGCCUUUAAAAGGAUCAAAAACAAAAGAAGUCCUGACGCUCCUCUUGUCAUGCCACCGAUGAUCGAGUUGGCCAGCGAAGCAACCAGAGAGAAAGAUUGGGACAGCGUUUGUGCUUUGCACAGGGGUCUAGCAGAAGUAACAACAUGGUCAAGUGACAAAGGCUGCAUGGGUGAACACAGAUUAUCUCACAAAAGAUUCCAAGAACAGCCAGAACUAAGAGCAGCCGUCGCCACAAGUAUUUGCAUCACUCACUGCGGAAACUUUGUCCUUGUCGGCUAUAGCACUGGCCACAUGGACCGGUUCAACUUGCAGUCUGGAUUGCAUCGAUGCGAGUACAAACUGCCCAAGGACCUACCUGCCCAUAAGGGUGCUGUCAGGGGCAUCUCGACCGAAGGUCUCAACCAGUCGGUUGUUUCUGGUGGGGCUGACGCUUUUAUCCGCUUCUGGAACUUCCAAGAGGGAAAGACCCUGGGAAGACUGGCUAUGUCCCAAGCUGUAGCAUUCUUUUGCCAAAACAGAAAUAGUUCAUUGCUGGGAAUAGCACUAGAUGACAAUUCUCUCUGUGUUGUGGACAUUCUUUCUCGAAACAUCAUAAGAAGGCUUCCGAACCACCAGUCAAGGUUGACUAGCACCGAGUUCAGUCAGGAUGCGCGCUGGAUUUUGACGUCAACAACAGACUGCAAGAUUCGAACAUGGGAUGUUCCUUCGGCAAAUAUGAUUGACGUCUUCAAGGUUCCUUUACCUGUGACUCGGAUGGCCCUAAAUUUGACGGGAGAGCUUUUGGCUACGAUUCACGUCGAUUCAGUUGGAGUCUACUUGUGGUUCAACAAGGUCAUCCACAUGUAUGUCUCCCUGCGUCCCCUGCCUUUUGACGCAGAAGCCAUUCUUGCUGGUCUGCCCAGCCAAGGCUAUAACGAGCUAGAAAUUCUGGACUCUGACCUGCAGGAUGUAGUUUUGGAAGAAGAGGAAUACAAGUCACCUGAACAGCUGAAGGGUGACCUUAUUACCUUGUCGACGCUUUCAACCUCGAGGUGGGUCAACGUUCUGGAUCUGGACAUCAUCAAAAGGCGCAACAAGCCCAAAGAGAAGCCCAAGGCUCCCUCAGCAGCACCUUUCUUCCUUCCUACUAUUCCCUCACUGGAAUACAAAUUCGAUCUGCGGCCGACCUUGGAAGAGCAGCAGGAACCUACUCCUCAAGGUAUUUCAGACCUGAGCCGUCUGGCAAAGAUGCUCGUCGAGAGUGCUGGGGACACUGAAAAGUUGUCAGAAUUUUUGAAGACUCUUGGCCCCUCUGCUUUGGAUGCUGAAAUUCUGAAUUUGUCUGGCAUGGGAGACUCAAUCACAUCUUUAGCAAAUUUUGUUGAUUUUGUUAGGUCGCUGAUGGAGCAAAAGAAAGAUUUUGAGCUGGCGCAAAUGUAUCUAGCUCUCUUCUUGAAGCACCACGGUGAUCAAUGCAUUGCAGAUCAGACUUUGUCUGAAAAAAUUGAACUGUUGAGGGAAAUUCAGCAAAAAGGUUGGGCGCAAGUUGAAAAGCACAUGCUCUACUGCAAAAGUGUUGUCCAUGCAUUGAAAAGGUUAUAAAAGGAAAUUUUAUAUUUUUAACAGAAAGGAAAUAUCUAUAUGCAAUUUUAUUUAAAACUAUACCAGAAAAAUGUGUCAUUUUAGUGAUAAUUAGAUAUUUAUUGUAAGACAAAAACAUAAUUUGCAUUAUUUGCAAUAUGCGCCCCUGCGACUUUCAGAGGUAGGCAACUUGCGUGCGCGACUUUCAAAAUUCACAGGGAACUUGCUGUCUGGUAAAU